CAGACACACACAGACACACACAGCCACCCACACACACAGCCGCAGCCAGACAGACGCGCUGCACAGACGCGGCCGCAGGGUAACAAAGUCUCUUCUCUCCGCUUCCAGAGCAACAACUGUCGGGGAAGUGAAGUCGACGCGAUGCUAAACACGACAGAGUUAGUCUGAGGAGACAACAACAAACAACAACAAACGACAACAAGAAGAGGCUGCUGAACGCGGGCGAGCUGAGACCGGGAGACAUUACGCGAAGGCUCUGAGGACCGCGGCACGUGGAGCGGACCUGCCGGAAAAGGGGAUCUCCACCUCUCCAGCCCGACUGUUCGCGAGCUGCUGACUCCUGCUGACUGUCGAGAUGAGUGCCAAGGCAGCCAUCAACAAGGUGGUGUUCAAACCCCACGAUGAGAAGAUGCUGGUUGCUGUGCAGGUGAAGAGGAGGACCAAGAAGAAGAUCCCAUUCCUGGCCACUGGUGGGCAGGGGGACUACAUGACCUUCAUCUGUGUCUCAGUCACGAAUAAGAAACCCUCCCACGUGUCCAUCACGAAGGUGAAGCAGUUCCAAGGAUCUUCUGCCUUCGUAAAGAGGUCCCAGUGGACCAUCAACCAGCUGCAGCAGGUCAACGGCAUCGACCCCAACAAGGACUCUGCAGAGUUUGACCUCAUGUUCGAGAAUGCGUUCGACCAGUGGGUUGCCGGUUCCGCAGGAGAGAAGUGCUUCUUCAUCCAGGUUCUUCACCACACCUGCCAGCGCUACAGCGCCACAAGGAAACCAGAGUUCGUCAACUGCCAGUCCAAACUGCUGGGGGGUAACAGUAUCCUCCACUCGGCUGCAGACAGCGUGACGAGCGCCGUGCAGAAGGCCAGCCAGGCUCUGAACGAGCGCGGCGAGCGGUUGGGUCGGGCGGAGGAGAAGACGGCGGACAUGAUGAACAGCGCUGAGCAGUUCUCUGUGACCGCACAGAAGCUUGCCAUGAAGCACAAGUGUUAGACCACCAGAGGGCGGGGCGCCAUUCGCCAGUUGCUGUCCAAGAGGAUUCCAGUUGUUAUUAUUUUUACAAAGAUUUAAUAUGAUUGCUAUAUGUUAACAAUGUUAACAUGUUAAUGCUUUGGAUUGUUGCUCUCAUCGGGCUGGGGGAGGAAGAGAAGCAACCGACGACACUGCAGGCAGUCAGCAGAAUGUUUCAUGCUUCGGUUUUCAAAGAAACGUCCCCGACCAUGACUGUUUGAUAAGCCCCUCCCCCUCUCACACGCUCCACCAUUCACCUGAGAGUACACAUGAGCAGCAUCACUCCGAGGCGAGGAACAGCUCGCGUCGUUUGUCAUGAAUCGUUGAGGUUACGUCUAAUCGCUGCAGCGAUGAUGCGGUCUGGUUCUUGAGGGCGGAGCCUCUGUGGGCGGAGCCUCUGUGGGCGCCACAGGGGGGACUGGUUCUGGCCGCAGCAUCAAUGAAUCCCAAUCUAAUGUUCCCUCUGCGCUUCACUCUUGGACAUUGCUUGUUGUACCGUCCAUCAUUUCAAAACAGUAUUCGUCAAAAAUGUUUUCAACAUAAUAUUUAAUAAACUGCUUAUGAUAUAAAAUACAAUAUUUAACAACCGGGAAAUAUACUAAACUUGUCAAAUGUGUCUACGAUUCAAUAACAACCCAAACUACAUGGAAUACAGUUGCCAACAUUCAAGUCCACUUGAAGAACUGUUUCCAAAAUGAUCUUUUUAAGUAUAAUUUGUUAAAUAAACAUAACACAGUUGUGCAUUGUAAAAAGCAAAACACUUAGUUCUUGUCGUAUCUCGGUGCCGGUAGAUCUAAAGUGAGAUGUUUUGAAAUGACUGCUGUAUUUCAACUCGUAACAUCCAUUCGUAAUACCGUUAUGCUUUCUGUAUAAUUUGGGUCAUAGAGAAACUGAGAGACAAAUGACCAAAUGUCUUGAGUAUUAGCAGCGAUGUGUCGUCGUUUAUUUGUUGUCAGUGCUCUCACAUCGACUGUAACUUUGGCUUCCUCACUCGGGAGAUACCGUCCUCACAGUCGAGAUGCGUUUGAUUCUUUUCAUGUUUUUAAUUGAGUAAUUCACAACGCACUGACAGCCUAAUCUUGCAGAGCGCUCGUGAGUUCAUGCUGAAACGUUCCAGUUGCCUAACUCUUACUGUGAUUUCUUCUUCUUGCUCACACUUUGGAUGUUUAUUGUUUGAAUAAAGAAAUACAGUUCAAAUGUAUGUUA